AUGUUGUGGCAGGAUAGGGAAGUUCGCUUCGAUGCUCCGCGUUGCGAUUUAGUUUUUAGACAUGGAGAGGUAAACUUUAAACUAUUAGAAAAUGUCGAAGAUGUAAAAGGAAAUAAUGGAGACAAAGGGGCUUUAUACAUUACUAACUUGAGGUUGCUCUGGAUAUCUAAAAGUUUAAUGCGAAACAGUUUAUCUAUUGGCUUUAGCUGCAUCAUAAAUAUUUGUUUUAAGAAUGUUAAUUCAAAAGUGGCUGGAAAAAGCUUGGCGGUUGAUGUUCUUACUAAUUUUUCUGGAACGAGGUAUGAAUUUAUUUUUGCUGAAUACGGCGUUGGUGAUUCCAAAAUGAUGGAGUAUAUUACAACAGUUUACAAGGCGUAUGAUUCUACGAGAAUUUAUCGAGAUUUGCGGGUUCGUGGGACACUAACGAAAGGAAACCUUCUUAUGUUACUGCCACUAGAAAAUUUGUUUGAUGAGAUAGAUGGAGUAUGGAAUCUUUCAUCUGAUCAAGGGAAUCUAGGGAAGUUGUUUGUAACAAAUCUUCGACUUGUUUGGAUAUCUAUAAUUAACGGGAACUUCAAUAUUAGCAUCCCUUUCCUGCAGAUACAAAUGAUUACAACCAGAAACUCUAAGUUUGGAGAAGCACUCGUAAUUCAAACUGCACGUCAGGCAGGAUCAUAUCUUCUUGGAUUUCGAAUAGAUCCACGCGAGCGUCUCAAAAAAGUAGCAAAGCAACUUGGUAGUUUACAUAGCAUUUAUUGGAAAAAUCCUGUUCUUGGAAUCACAACUGGUCAAGCAACAGAUGAAACAAUACAAAAUGUGAAGAAAAUAAAUGAAGACAUAGAUGAAUCUAGAGGUCGAACUACUGAAGAUCACUGUGAUAUUCUCUCAGUUUAUCUAGCGGAUGGAACAAAACUAAGAGACAGGGAGCCAGUGUACAACGAAGACCUUGGCCUUGCUGUUGAACGUUUACCAGAAAACUACACUAUUUCUAACCUGUGGAAGAUAAUGCCAAAAAAGACAAAUGACUUUCAUCACAAGAAUUUAUCAUAA